AUGGAAAAUAUACAGACGGAAUUGAAAGAAGUAAGAAAAUCUAUCGAAUACGCUCAUAGCGAAAUAGACGAUUUGAAGAAGGAAAAUGAGAAAAAAGCGCAAGUUCAGAGAGAAACAACCGAACGCAUCAACAAACUUGAAGCCGACAACGUAACAUUAUUGUACAGCGUCAUUGACCUUAAAGCGAGGUCAAUGCGCGACAAUCUGCUGUUUUACAACAUGCCUGAAGAAAACGAUGAAAACACCACAGCAAUGAUUCACAAGCUGUUGGAAGAAAAGCUUGGGUUCGAGGACGCUGCUAUGAAAAUAAAAAUCGACCGUUCUCAUCGCUUGGGAAAAAAGAAACGGGGUGAAACCAAAGCGCGACCAAUUGUCGCAAAGUUCAAUUUUCAUCAGGAUAAAGUUUCAAUCAUGCGGAAUGCAAAGAAGCUAAAAGAUACGGCAAGCAGAAUCGGAAUUUCUGAGCAAUUUCCCGAGGAAAUUGUCAGAGAAAGGAAGAGGCUUUACCCAGAAUUUAAAAAGGCAAGACGUAACAAUCUAAAAGCUACUCUUGUCAGAGACAAACUGUUUAUCAAUG